GCUCUACGUUUGCCAAAGCCAAGCCUGAAAUCCCCUGGACGUCGCUGACUCGGAAAGGAAUUGUGAGAGUUGUGUUUUUCCCAUUAUUCAGCCAGUGGUGGAUACAGGUCACUUCACAGCGCAUCUUCAUGUGGCUCCUGGUGCUCUAUGUUAUGCAAGUCAUAGCAGUUGUGUUGUAUUUCAUGAUGCCUGUGGUGAAUGCAAGUGAAGUCAUGGGACCAAUGUGCCUUAUGUUACUGAUGGGAACUGUUCACUGUCAAAUAGUGUCCACCCAGAUCAACAAACCUGCAGGGAACAACGGGCUCAGCAGGCGGAGGAGGAAGUUACGGAAAUCUGUGGGUGUCGAUGGGAGCAGUUGGGCUUCUGAAAAAACCAGUAAAGAGGAGCAGUCUGAAUCUGCAUCCGUUCUUAAGAAUUUAUUUAGUCUGCUUUUCCGGAGGAGGAUUAGAAGAAUAAAGUUGGUAGCUGAGAAAGGGACAGAGACAGAAAAUGGUGUGAAUGCUGUGAAUAAUGGCAUCAAACACAGACAGGCCAGAUCUGAACACAGGCUGUUGAACUUCAAAGAGAAAAAUAAACUUUCUGACGGGGAGAAGAGCCAUCAGGAUGAUGGCACCAACAGAGGUGGCAUUUCAGACGAGCUUUCAAGUGAGGAGGAUGCUGAAGCAAUGGCACAAAGAACCUUGUUGCGCCAGAACGUAGAAGGGGCUUCCAGUGACAACAGCUAUGAAGAGAAGAAAAAGAGGCCUCUUGUUUCCCUGAACCAGGCUGUCUCACAGGUCAAGGAAGCCCUGAAAGGUGCCAGAGACUCUGACAGCGUCGUGGAAUCUGAACUGGAAUCCACGUUAUAUAGUCAGGACUCGAGGUCCUGCAUUAGUAGGAGCUGUAGCGUGACCCGGAGAGACUCGGAAAGUACCCGCCAUGACUCUGAGACAGAAGACAUGCUUUGGGAUGAUCUGCUUCAUGGGCCAGAGUGCCGCUCGUCCUGCACCAGCGACAGCGAGGAAAUGACUGUCAGAGGUACCAGGAGGGAUUUGAAGGAAGAUGUUUUCCAGCAGAACCAUUUGUUUUGGCUGCAGAAUACGAGUCCAGCAUCUGCAAAAGUGAGUGCACUGAUCUGGGAAGGGAACGACUGUAAGAAGGUGGACAUGUCUGUGCUGGAGAUCAGUGGGAUUAUCAUGAGCAGGGUUAAUGCCUACCAGCAAGGAGUGGGGUAUCAAAUGCUGGGAAACAUCAUCACCAUUGGAUUAGCGUUCCUGCCGUUCCUCUACAGGCUCUUCCGCGCAGAUAACCUGGAGCAGCUCUGCUCCAUUUCUCUCAAGGAGCUUUUGCACAUCUUUUGUGGAGCACCUGCUAGCACCCCUGUCAUCGUUUUGUCUGCCAUCAACUUCCUGGAGAGACUUUGCUUAACCUGGAUGUUUUUCUUCAUGAUGUGUGUUGCUGAGAGAACCUACAAGCAGAGAUUUUUGUUUGCCAAGCUUUUUAGUCACAUUACAUCUGCUCGGAAAGCCAGGAAAUAUGAAAUUCCACACUUCAGACUCAAGAAGGUAGAAAACAUUAAGAUCUGGUUAUCCCUUCGUUCCUAUCUGAAGAGGCGAGGCCCUCAGCGAUCUGUGGAUGUUGUUGUAUCAUCAGUCUUUUUACUGGCUCUGUCAAUUGCUUUUAUCUGCUGCGCCCAGGUGCUUAAGGGUCACAAAACAUUUCUGAAUGCAGCUUACAACUGGGAGUUCCUAAUCUGGGAGGCAGCACUUCUUCUCUUUUUACUACGUCUGGCAUCUCUGGGCUCUGAAACCAACAAGAAAUACAGUAAUAUUUCGAUCUUGCUCACUGAGCAGAUAAACUUAUACCUGAAGAUGGAGAAGAAGCCAAACAAGAAGGAACAGCUGUCUCUAGUAAACAACGUGUUGAAACUAUCCACCAAGCUGCUGAAGGAACUGGAUACUCCGUUCAGGCUGUAUGGACUGACCAUGAAUCCAUUAAUCUACAAUAUAACACGUGUUGUCAUACUCUCUGCAGUCUCAGGUGUUGUAAGUGAUCUUCUGGGAUUCAAUAUCAGAUUAUGGAAAAUUAAACCCUGAACUGACCCAACAUC